AUGGAGGAAGCGAAGAACAUGGCGCUGCUCUUCUUCAUGGACCAUCUGAUGCAGAAGAAUGGACGCCGCACCAUUCACGACCUCAGCUGCCAGUUCGGCGCUCGCGGGUCCGUUUUUAUUUUCAUUUUUUUUAUUUUUGAUGAUUUGCGAAUAAGCCUUUCAAAUCUGAAAGAAUAACAACUUCACGUUUUUUUUCGUUGUUCACUUUUAUUUUAGAAUAUAUGAUUUACAUAGCUUCGCUAUUAUAAUGAAAUUCCAACUGACUUUCCGAAAUAAUAGUUCAGAUCAGCUCAAAAUUUAGAUGGAAAUUAGACAGUUAACUCUUCGUAGAAGCUCUACAAUCUCCUAGGGAGAAAUAUCAAUUUUCAUAAAGAAAAAAAAAUUAUCCGAAGAGAUUUUUGAUUUCUUUGAAAAUUAAAAAAAAAGGUUUUCAUCGAUUUCAUGAUUGUUUCAAAGAUUUAGAUAGUCAAUAAUAGUUCCUAAAGUAAAAAUAGCCUUUGAAGUAAAAAGAAAUUGAAGGAGAUGCGAAACGCGGUAGGAACGACGCAAGUUCUUAGAGUAAAAAGAAAUUUUGAAUCUUACAUUUUCGAAGUGUUUAGGUUCACGGAGGAGAUGCGAAACGCGGUAGGAACGACGCAAGAAGGACUGACGGAGUUCCUGCAAGGCCACCCGUCGUUGUUCACCGUCGAGGGCGACCAGGUCAUUCUCAACGGCUACGGCGAGAUCACGGCCAAGAACAAUCCGCUGCUGCAAUCCAGUGCUCGCAACCGCGACUAUGAACGCGAGGCCGUCGACUUUUUCGUCAACAAACUCACCAAAUUCGGUCCCGAGCUUCAGGUUUUUGAUUCCUUCAGUCUUCUUACUUUCAUCUGUGCUGCAGAUAAAAUCUCUCUUGGGACAUCGUUCCCAAGCGGCUCCUGAAGUUCGUCUCGUUUCGGGCCGUCACUUGAAAGAGUUCUGCGAGUUUCUACAGUCCCAGGUCGACCACUUCGUUGUAGAAGGCGACCGUGUACGGCUCAAGGUGCUCCAGUUCUUCUUCUUCUUCGAGAAACAUCGCUCAUCGUUUGCAGAACAUGCCGGAGCCGGAUGAAAAUUGUAUAGAAAUGGACGACGAGGGCAAGCCCCUCGCUGGCGUCAAAGCCAAGCAGGCAGCCGUUGAAUAUCUCAAAAGCGUUCUCGAGCAGGUCCUUUUGCUUCACAGUGGGUGGAAAAAAGGUUUUUUUCAGAAUGAAGAACAGCCGAUUCCACUGGACCAGUUUUACCAGAACUUCUGUCAGCGUUUUUCCCACUCCAUCCGGCAGGACGUGGCUACCAAUCCGAAGGAGUUGCUACAGUUCCUCAAACUCAACCGAAGUUUGUUCUUCAUCAGAAGCAACAAGGUAACUUUGACCAUUCAAGGAAUGAGCAAGUUUCCAACAAAGGAAAUUUUUUUCUUGGAAAUUUAAAUGUUUCUUUUUAGUUUGCAUGUUUUGGUACUCAAAUAUCUUGAAAAAUCAACUUCAAAUUUCCCUAACUGCGAAACUUAAGUUCAAACCAAAUUUGAAAUUUUCGACUUGAUGAGAAUUUAUUAUUCGAUUUCUAAAAACUUGAAUCGAAAAAUCAUUAUCCUUUUGCGAUUGAGAGUCUGUAUUUGCAUCUUGUAGUGAUGGACAGGAAAAAAAAACGAACAAACAUUUAUUUUUUUACCUAUACUUUAGAGCGUAGGAAUUGUUUUUUUAUUUCAGAUUGUUUCUCUAUUCAUAAAAAUUCGGUUGAGAGGAUCACCUCAUUUAUGCAGUUGUAUUUGGCCAAAGUAUCAUGUUAAAUGUUGAAAGAAGGCUUUUAUUUUACUUAUUUAUUCUUCUUCAAAGCCUGCUUUUAACUAGAAUGUCCAUAGGUGUCACUGGUGAAAAAUCGGCCGAACGAAGAGGGAUCGGAGAAUGGCUCAGACGAAGGAGACGUCGAGACGAACAACAACAAUAUGUUUCCUCUGGAUCAGAACGCCCUGAGUCGCAUCCAUUUUGUCAAGGCGCUCAAACCAGCACAGGUGGGACGGCCUUCGACCGAAGUAAACCGUCAAGCCGUCCUCAGGAUCUGGUGGAUCGUCUCUGGCACGACAUAAACGGCAUGGAUAAGAAGGUCGUCGGACUGGACAUGAAGACCGUCACCGUGGGCGUCGACGCUGAGAGUUUCCUGUCACUUGGUGUCGUCGCCACGACGUCACAGAUCGGCAUUUUCGACCUCGCUUCCAGUGACGUCAUCAUCCUCGAGAGCGGCCUCAAGUCGAUCUUGGAGAGUGAUAGUGUUGUUAAGGUACCGCAUUUCAAGUCAUAUUUGAAGAGAAAAAGAUUUUAUUUCAUUUCACGAAAAGGUCAUUUUAUUGGGCAUUUGGAAUUUUUCAUAAUUUCGCUAUAACAUCCUUAACAGGAUUGAAUUCUCCAUAUGUUUUGAGAUAGGAAUUUUUCAAGAUUCGCGUUUAAAAACAGAAUUGGGCUUCUAUAAUCUGCAACUUUUUAAUUUUUUUAUUUAUUAAAAAAACUAUGAAUUUGCACAAGGAGGGUCUGUGAGGGGUUUUUAUGGACCUUCAGAGAUUUUAUAGAAAUUACCAAAUUUCACACACAAAUGACCUUUCAUGUCACAGUUUUCGCCUAUUUCCCAGCUCUGAAAAAUCCCUGAGAAGGCCAUCAAUUUCUUCAUAUCCCUUCUUCACGCCUUUCUGACAUAUCUGAAUUCCUCCUCCUCAGGUGAUUCAUGAUGCUCGACGAGUCGCCUCCCUCCUCGCACAUAAAUACGCAGUACACAUGCGGAAUGUCUUCGACACGCAAGUGAGAACGCAUCGAAUUAUCCGAGCAAAAGUGUCUCCUGCAGGUGGCGCACUCGUUGCUGCAGCACGAGAAGUUUGGAAAGCCGCUUAACGACAUGCGGCCAAUCUCUUUCAUAAACCUCCAACGAGUCUACUAUCCACAGUCGAUCAUGCUCAGCGACGUGACGCCGCGCAAAAUGAGCAUGAGUCCGAAGUGAGAAUCAGUAGAUCAGUGAAAAAUAACAUUUUCAUUUGAAGUUUCGAAAUUUUUCAAAAUAAACUAAAAAUUUCUCUAUUUACUAGAUGGAGUCCUGAAUAUACCUGUUACUUGCUAUUUUUCGAGGCGAGAAGCUCCAAAAGCUUACUUUUAAUUUGGUGAAUGGAAAAGCCAUUCUCCGAGCUUCAUAUCUUUAAAAAAAAGAGAUAAGCUGCCAAUUUUGCGAGUUUCAGAAUCUUGAUAUUGCAAAUUAAAUAGUGUUUUAGUUCAUUUUCAUGAAUUUGAAAGUUUCUCAUGAAAUAGCCUUGGGAAUUCGCAAAGAAAGAUCAGAAAUUUAAAAGAUGUCGAAUAUGCUACAAAAAUCAAAGCUGUCCUCGGAGAAACGGAAAAAGCUCUAUACGAAAGAAGAUUAAGAGAAGUAAAAAGAUGUUCAGCUGGGGAGUACGGCCGAUAACGGAAGAGUUCCAACUGACGAUUGUCGAGGAGGCGCAUUGUCUCCUCUCCGCUCUCCACCAGACUCUCUCCAACCUGCUGCCAGUCCAUCUGCACGGUCUUUUCGAGGACAAAUGCAUAGAGGUUGUUCUCAAUCUACCUUUGAUCUUCAUCUCUUUUUCGACCUAGGUGUUGCUCGCUUCUCCGACACGACCUCCUCCACAGCCGUUCGCGUCGUCGCCUUACCGAGCGUCGACUCGGAGAGACGUUCGCGGCUCCGGUGCCGCCAUGACGUCGUUUCCAGCGACUCCUGCGUCGUUCACUGUCGCGCGACCUCAGAUGAGCGACGCCUGCACACAGACUUUCUCCACGGGCGACAUUCAAGUGCUCAACGUGUUUUACGAGUGA